UGUGUAUAUAUAUUCCAGCCGUAUGUGACUGAUGUAUUUUGUAUGUAUGUAUGCCUCAUAUUGUCACCGGUACAGGGGAGAUGCUACCGAAAUUUUUCGGUAAGGACUCCUCUGGGGGCGUGACAGAACACCCUUGAAUCUUAAAAUCCCAUCUGAUGGGACCAAGUGUGAAGAGCCAAUGCACACAAGUUUACUGUCAAAAUCAGUAAGCAUAUUGAAUCUAAUGAUAUAAAUCAGCAUAGGUAUCUUCCCCUCCCAGCAUAACUUGUACCCCAUUACAGACACCAAUUCAGGGAAUAAGUUCUCCAUUUUGCCACCACAACAAACACACUGCUGCUUGAAUUGGAAGCUGUAACUGAGCAAUAAUUGCUAUAUUCAUAAAGUAAUGUGUGCUUUUGGAACCAAUCAAAAUUUGAGCUUCAAUUUCACUAAUUUAUAUUGAAAGUUGCAUGAUUUGUGGUUGCUUUAAACCACUGAUUUUUAAUGAAAUCUCAAGCACUACUGCAUGAUCUGUUUUUUGGGUUUCCUCACCAAUUAUUCUUAGCCAAAAUGAUCUCUUACACCAAUUACCUUCAGAAUUAAUAUCAUCACAAGUAAACAAAGCCCCUUGGUUUGCUGUUCUGCCAUCCCCUAUGAAGUAAACCAUUUAAUUCAUAGUUGAUCCCAAGGAGAAGUAUGUCAAGUGAUAAUUCUCCGGCCUAGAUAUUCACAAAAUAUUCUCAUACAAGUGAGCAAAAUUCAUAGCUGCUAUUAAAUGGUUGGCAUUCUGAGCUUUAAUACCAAUUGGCAAUUAUUGUAGUCUUGCAAUGAAUAGUCCCGCUUCCGGACUUGGUGACAAAGAAACCAGCCCAUACCAACAACUGAUAAUAAUCUUGCUGACAUUCUUCAACGGAUAAUGUGUGUUGGAGAGAAGCCAUAUCUUCGAUUUUAUUACCAUGGUGGAGACAAGGGGACAGAUAAAAAUGUUUUCUAUUAACAUAAGGUGGUGAUGGGGUUAACUUGGGUGGAUCAUGUUGGUGAAAGGAAGUUGAGGACAGGUAGCCCUGUCGAGUGUGAUGGCAGCUACUGAUUCAGUAGCUGUAAUGGACCUCCCAGUGGAGCCGCAGUCUCUUAAGAAGCUUAGCUUCAAGUCUCUGAAGCGCGCUCUGGACCUCUUCUCCCCGAUGCAUGGCCAUCAUCCUCCCUCUGAUCUAGAGAGCAAGAGGGUUCGUGUCAACUACAAGCUGCAAGCUGAAUAUGGAUCAGUAGCAAACUUGUCUGGCCAGCAAGCUGGAAAGCAGAACAAGGCACAGGAAAAAGGGGUUCAAGGUUCAAUGUCUACUGCAUUAGUUCCCCUAGGAGGCCAAGAAGUAAAGGCCUCUCGAAAUGAUGGGAACCAAGGUGCUGUUAUUCCUGCACCUACCAUGCUACCAAAAGGACCUGAGAUUGGUACUGCAAGCAGAAAUACAGGGGUUUUAGUUUCAGCUACGGACAGAUUUAACUCUACAUCUGCUCUGAUGGAAAGGAUUCCAAGUAGAUGGCCUCGUCCCUCAUGGCAUCCUCCUUGGAAGAAUUAUAGGGUCAUCAGUGGCCACUUGGGAUGGGUUCGUUCCAUUGCAUUUGAUCCAAGCAAUACAUGGUUCUGUACUGGUUCCGCUGAUAGGACCAUAAAGAUAUGGGAUGUUGCAUCUGGAAGAUUGAAGUUAACUCUAACUGGACAUAUUGAACAAAUUCGCGGACUUGCUGUCAGUCAAAAGCACACUUAUUUAUUCUCUGCUGGUGAUGACAAACAAGUUAAAUGUUGGGAUCUUGAACAAAAUAAGGUUAUCAGGUCUUAUCAUGGACAUUUGAGUGGUGUAUAUUGCUUGGCUCUUCAUCCAACUAUUGAUGUGCUGCUAACAGGUGGACGGGAUUCUGUUUGCCGGGUUUGGGACAUUCGUUCGAAGGCAAUGGUUAUGGCUCUCUCUGGUCAUGAUAACACUGUUUGUUCAGUUUUUGCUCGGCCAACGGAUCCACAAGUUGUAACUGGUUCCCAUGAUAGUACUAUUAAGUUCUGGGAUCUUGUAGCUGGAAAAACAAUGACAACACUGACCCACCACAAGAAAUCUGUUCGUGCCAUGGCAUUACAUCCAAAAGAGAGAAGUUUUGCAUCUGCUUCAGCAGACAAUAUAAAAAAGUUUAACCUUCCAAAAGGCGAAUUUCUUCACAAUAUGCUCUCCCAGCAGAAAACAAUAAUAAAUUCGAUGGCAGUUAACGAAGAUGGUAUUCUGGCCACUGCAGGUGACAACGGAAGCCUUUGGUUCUGGGAUUGGAAAAGCGGCCACAACUUCCAGCAGGCUCAGACCAUUGUCCAGCCAGGUUCUCUGGACAGUGAAGCGUGCAUUUAUGCUCUUUCUUAUGAUAAUAGUGGGUCAAGACUUGUUACGUGUGAAGCUGACAAAACUAUUAAGAUGUGGAAAGAGGAUACAAGUGCAACUCCAGAAACCCAUCCUAUCAACUUCAAGCCACCAAAAGAGUUCCGUAGAUACUAGUUCUGCCAUUUCCCAAUGGCUCUGAUCAGUUUGAAUUGCUGGGUGACCAUGGAAGGAAAACUAUAUUACUAUCAAUUCAUGCCGAGCUGAUUCAAACCCAGUUCUUUUAAUCUUUCUGCUCUCUGUUGUUAGCAUUUUCCUAGAACUGGUCAAUUAUGUUUUUCUUGUAUUUGAAUUUUGAUGACCUAAUAGGUUGCCUUGCAGUAAAUUGUUCUAUCCUCA